AUGAUAACGGACGAGUACAGAUUUCUCAUGGGAAUCGUUGGAGGCUACGUAGAUCUGGAUGUGUCUGCAGUUGAAGAAUUCGUACUUGAUUCAGAAGAGGCAGUUUACUUGAUAAACAGCUUUUUAAAGCCAAAGGGAAGAAGAUCAUUAAUGUUUUUCUAUCAGGAGGUUGAUCAUGAGGGAAGAAGUCACACAGAGGUACGAGCUCGUACUGUAAAGUCUGGUAAAGUAGCAGUGCUGCUAGUAACUAGUGGUCUUGAAGAGAAACUGACUGGGACCCUAGUAUACUGUGUGAAGGCUGAUGCAAAUAAAGAGCUUAAGAUGAGAAACAUUGCUGAUGAGGCAUGUUUUGGAAUGAUAAAUGCUGGAGAAGCAGGAUCCUUUAUUCCAGCCCUAAGAACACAUCUCACAAAGAUUUAUAUACCAGCCAUUAGAGCCAUGUCUAGCUGGGGAGAACUGGAAAAGACACCACAAGGAAUAAAAGCCAGUGCACAGUUUGUUGAGUCAUUGGAUGGCUUUGUUCAUUUUAUUGAUGGAGCUCAUGCAGCACUUAAUGAAGCAAUCACUCUUCACCCAUGUGAGUUAAUUGAUGUGACUGCUCUAGAGGGUCCAGCUGACUAUCAGGCCAUAGCAAACAACCAAGAUAUACUGACUGGACUGGAUGAGCUGGUACACUCCUGGUGCAAACAGAUUGAACAAGUGUUAGCUGAAAGUGAACAAAUGCGGAAGGAGGCAGAUGACACUGGUCCUAUGGCAGAACUGGAGCACUGGAAGAUGAGGAUGGCAAAAUUCAACUCACUUGUUGAACAAAUUAAGGGUGCUGAGUGUCGUGCAGUCAUAAAAAUACUGCUUAUUGCCAAGUCGAAAACACUCAAGUUUUGGCGUGAGUUGGAUUGUCGCAUUACAGAUGCAGCCAAUGAAGCCAAAGAUAAUGUGAAGUUCCUCUACACCUUGGAGAAGGAAUGUGAUCCACUCUAUCAUGCAGACCCGGUUACCAUGAUUGACUGCAUUCCUAAACUAAUCAAUACCAUACAGAUGAUACACAGCAUAUCAAGAUACUGCAACACCUCUCAAAGGAUGACAUCACUUUUCAUAAAGGUAACAAAUCAAAUGGUUACUGCAUGUAAGAACUACUUAACUGAUCGAGGUGUGAAUCGUGUUUGGGAUCAACCUAGACAGCCUAUGAUAGAGAAGCUGAAAGCUUGUCUGAGAUUAAACCAAGAAUAUCAAAAGUGUUUCCAGCGGACAAAGAAGCGAAUCGCUGAGGACCCAACCAUGAGACCAUUUGAAUUUUCUGAGAUGUACAUCUUUGGCAAAUUUGACGCCUUUUGUAAGCGUUUGAACCAGAUCAUAGAAGUGCUGGAUGCAUUGGAAACUUAUUCUGUUCUGUCAGAGUCUAAGAUAGAGGGAAUUGAACCGAUAUCUAACAGAUUCCAGUCAAUGUACUCGGCGUUGAAGAAAAAGCCGUAUGACCCGUUGGAUCAUAGGAAGCCGGAUUUUGAGGCGGAUUUCACUGAAUUCAGGCGACAGAUCAGCGACUUUGAGAAUCACUUAAAAAUGUUUAUGAGUGGCUGCUUUGAAAAGAUUGUCUCAAUCUCACAGUCUUUGGAGCUGCUGGGAAGAUUUGGGAAGCUUGGGAUUCCCAGUCUGCAGGCACAUAUUGAAGACCGUUAUGCCAGUCUUCUCCAUCACUUUGGCAAGGAAGUGGAAGCUAUAUCCAAGAUGUACCAGCGGCACUGUGAAAAUCCUCCUUUGCAUCGCGAUGUUCCUCCUAUCUCGGGUCGCAUCAGCUGGGCACGGCAGCUCAUGAGGCGCAUACGGAAUCCUAUGAACAUCUUUGAGCAGCACUCAAGCUGUUUAAAAACACCAGAGGCAUAUAAAAUCAUUCGCAACUUCAAUCAAUUAGCGACUGUGCUGGUCGAGUUUGAGAUUCUGUAUCACAAGGGCUGGCUUAAGCAAGUAGAGAUAGCCAAAACAGGACUGCAAGCAUCACUGCUAGUGCGACAUCCGGAUACGGGCGAGCUGUAUGUAAACUGUGAUCCUCAGUUGAUACAAUUGAUCCGUGAAACUGAGUACAUGAUGAAGCUUAACCUGCCAAUACCUGAGACGGCACGUCUGAUAUUCUUAAGAAGGGAUAUUAUUAAGACGGCGGAUGGUAACCUAAAGAUGAUGCUGGAAGACGUCAAGAAAGUUCGCGCAAAGAUCCCAAAUAUCUUUAUGCCUCUGAUGCUACCCCACAUGCAAAGAGUGGAGGUAGCGAUUAGUCCUGGUGUGACCAUGCUAAAUUGGAAUUCACUCAACAUACCUGCUUACAUUUCCAACGUGUACAGCCGGUUACGAGAAGUUGAUCUGCUGGUUAAACAAGUCAACGAUAUCCGUGAUGCACGCAUCGAUGCAGUCCUGAAAGAGAUGAGUGAAACUGUGUUUUGUGAGCUACCUGGUGACGACCCUUGGACCAUUGAUGAGUUCGUAACAGAAACGCAAAAACGCUGCGCGCCUCUUGGAAAGGUUCUGGAUCAUAUGAGCUUGUGCAUCGAAGAGGCUGUCCACGAGUUGGCCAGCAUUUUCGUAGAAAGCUUGGAGAGGAUUGGUGUUUCAGCAUUGGGACCCAGUUCUCCGUCUGCCAAGCCCUCAGAGAGAGACAGAGAUCGCAAACUGGAAAGCCGCGGAGAGAACAACAAAGAGGGGCAGAGAGAAAGGACACCCAAAGUACCGGAUGAGAAAACUAUCGAUGAAGAAAUUGAUGAGGUGAUUUUGUAUUUUAAUCACCGCAAUUUUGAGGCUCUUUUACGAGCCACAAGGAACGCUCUGGAUGGUUUGAAACGCAGACUGUUUUGUACCAAUACAACACGCUCAACAUAUGGUAAGGGGACGUUUUCGCUGUCCAGUGAUUUGCCCGCAAACACUUAUAACAAGGCUCCUUUUUUCAAGGCAGAUAUUUCUCUGGUCAUUCCACUUGUGGUUGUACAACCCACCCUGGACGAUGUCCAACAGGCCCUUAACAAAGCAACCCAAGCGGUGCUGGAUGUUACUCGGUCUGUGGCCCAGUGGGGGCAGAAGAGGUUUAAAUGCACGGAAACUAGUUCUGCACAGGACGAUGGUGCUCUUGGGCACAUUAAACGGACAGUUCGAGCUAAUGAUUCCACGGAGGAGAUUCCAGCAUCCAAACUUAAGAACUACUACAAGAGCGUUGCAGAGCACAAAGACAUUACUAAACUGCUGAUGGUACUUACUUCAGUGAUCAGUUCCACCAAGGCUGAGGUGAUGACAUGUCUUGACUCGUUCACACAGUUUCACCACGUGUGGGAUGAAGACAAAGAAAAGACUGUAGCUGAUUUCGUUGCUUCGGAUCCAAUUUUGUCAGAAUUCAAAUCCGAGAUCUUGAAAUAUCAGGUUAUAGAGCAGGACGUUGAAAACAUUGAACCUUCCUUCAGAGUGGGUCACGGAGCUAUUGAGUUAUUCUCAGAACCGUUUAAGCUCGCCUUACGAGUGGAGCUGAAAGCAUGGAAGCUUCUUUUUGGCCACAGCAUCAAUAACAAAUACAAACAUAGCAUGGACGAGAUCACACAAUUUGUGUCAGAUUACAGCAAGCGGCUCGCCCGACAGAUCAACGACUUGGAAGAUGUCAGGAAUGCUAUGGCUGCCUUGGAAGAUAUCAGGCAGAAUGAGAUUCGAAUUGAUAUGAUCCUUGGUCCUAUAGAGGAAGCUUAUUCCAUGCUCAACAAGUUCGAGGUUUCCGUUUCUCGUGAAGAAGUAGAAGGCGUGGACACCCUAAGAUACUCUUUUGAGAAACUUCUUGCCCAGGCGGGUCAAGUACAAAGUCACUUAGUGAAGAUUCAGCCCCAGUUCAAAGCUGACCUGCUAGAGAAAGUCGUGGUCUUUCGCGAAGCCUCCUCUAACUACAUGAGCGACUACAGCGAGAUUGGGCCGAUGGUGAGUGGCAUUACUCCUCAAGAGGCCAGUGACAGACUCAAUACCUUCCAGAGUCGUUUUGAUGAACUGUGGCGUAAAUACACCACCUACUCCGGCGGCGAGCAACUGUUUGGCCUCACUGUAACUGAAUAUCCUGAAUUGGUUCGCACCAAGAAGGAACUGGGAUUGCUGCAGAAACUGUAUGGACUGUACAAUGCUGUUAUUGAUGGUGUCAACGGCUACUAUGAUAUUCUGUGGAUUGAAGUCGACAUUGAGAAGAUCAAUAAUGAACUGCUUGACUUUCAAAACAGAUGCCGUAAACUUCCUAAAGCGCUCAGGGAGUGGCAAGCGUUUAAUGAGCUAAAGAAAAAGAUUGACGACUUCAACGAGUGCUGUCCACUUCUGGAGUUGAUGGCGAACAAGGCCAUGAAGGAUAGGCACUGGGAACGAUUAGCUGCCCUUACAGGACACACAUUUGAAGUCGAGUCGGAGAACUUUUUGCUGAGGAAUAUCAUGGAAGCUCCCCUGUUGGAGAACAAAGAAGAUAUUGAGGACAUUUGCAUCUCAGCCGUGAAGGAGAAGGACAUUGAGGCCAAGCUGAGCCAGGUUGUAGCGGAAUGGAAAUCUCAAAUGUUCAGCUUCGCAGGAUUCAAGAACCGUGGAGAGUUGCUGCUGAAAGGAGGUGAAACAGCUGAGAUUAUCUCACUACUGGAAGACAGCCUCAUGGUGUUGGGUUCUCUGUUAAGCAACAGAUACAAUGCACCGUUCAAGAAGGAUAUCCAAGGCUGGGUUCAGAAGCUAUCCAACACUUCAGACAUCAUCGAGAACUGGAUGAUAGUGCAAAACUUGUGGGUCUACCUAGAGGCUGUAUUUGUAGGUGGAGAUAUCGCAAAACAACUACCACAGGAAGCCAAGCGAUUUGCCAACAUUGACAAGUCUUGGGUGAAGAUCUUGACGCGUGCGCAUGAGACACCUAACGUGGUUCAAUGCUGUGUGGGUGACGACACUCUUGGUCAGCUGUUACCUCACUUACUGGAACAACUGGAGCUUUGUCAAAAAUCGCUUACUGGUUAUCUGGAAAAGAAACGACUUGUGUUUCCCCGUUUCUUCUUUGUCUCUGAUCCAGCGCUUUUGGAAAUUUUGGGACAAGCCAGUGACUCACACACCAUACAGGCGCAUUUACUGAACGUGUUUGAUAACGUGAAAAACGUGGCAUUCCAUGAGAAGGAUUAUGAUAGGAUCUUAGCCAUCAUCUCAUCCGAGGGAGAGACUGUACAGCUGGAAUCACCCGUCAUGGCAAAAGGAAAUGUGGAGUUGUGGUUAGGGGAACUGCUCAAUCAAGCUAUGCACUCACUCCAUGCAGUUAUCAGAGAUGCCUAUCACGCCAUCAACGACGGUGGCUUUCAGCUCAUGAGCUUCUUGGGUCAGUUUCCAUCGCAGGUUGGCUUAUUAGGCAUUCAAAUGAUCUGGACCAGAGAUGCCGAAGAAGCGCUUAAGAAUGCGCGAUCGGACAAAAAAGUUAUGGCCACGACGAACCAGAAGUUCUUGAAUCUGUUGAACUCACUGAUUGAGGUUACGACUCAGGAACUGACCAAGAUGGAGAGGACCAAGUUUGAGACAUUUGUCACGAUUCACGUACAUCAGAGAGACAUCUUUGAUGAUUUGGUCAAGAUGCACAUCCGCUCAGUGACAGACUUCGAGUGGCUGAAACAAUCUCGCUUCUACUUCAAGGAAGACAUCGAUGAUUGUAUUAUCUCCAUCACAGACGUUGACUUCAGCUAUCAGAACGAGUUCCUGGGCUGUACAGACAGGCUCGUCAUCACUCCUCUCACGGACAGAUGUUACAUAACACUUGCUCAGGCACUGGGCAUGUCUAUGGGUGGUGCGCCCGCUGGACCUGCUGGUACUGGCAAGACUGAGACAACUAAAGACAUGGGAAAGGCUCUUGGAAAGUACGUGGUCGUUUUUAACUGCUCUGAUCAGAUGGACUUCAGAGGCUUGGGUCGCAUUUACAAAGGUUUAGCACAGUCUGGAAGCUGGGGUUGUUUCGAUGAGUUCAACCGCAUAGAGCUUCCUGUGUUAUCAGUUGCCGCACAACAAAUCUACAUCGUCCUAACAGCUAAGAAGGACCGAAAGAAGCAGUUUGUAUUCAGCGAUGGAGAUGUUGUGGAUCUUAACCCAGAGUUUGGUAUUUUUCUAACCAUGAAUCCGGGAUACGCAGGCCGUCAAGAGUUGCCAGAGAAUCUCAAAGUCCAGUUUCGCACUGUCGCCAUGAUGGUUCCCGACAGACAGAUUAUAAUGAGGGUGAAACUAGCCAGUUGCGGUUUUAUUGAAAAUGUCAUUCUGGCUCAGAAAUUCUUUACGCUCUACAAACUGUGCGAAGAGCAGCUCAGCAAACAGGUUCACUACGACUUUGGUUUGCGAAACAUCUUGUCAGUGCUGCGUACUUUGGGUGCUGCUAAACGAGCCAACCCACAGGAUAGUGAAAGUACCACUGUAAUGAGAGUACUACGAGAUAUGAACCUAUCCAAACUGGUGGACGAGGACGAACCCCUUUUUCUGAGUUUGAUCAAUGAUUUGUUCCCUGGAAUAGUCUUGGACAAGGCUGGUUACCCUGAACUUGAGGAAAUGAUUCAGAAACACGUUGAAGAGGCAGGACUGAUCUUCCAUCCUCCUUGGAUACUCAAACUAAUCCAGCUCUACGAAACUCAGCGUGUUCGUCAUGGAAUGAUGACCCUGGGACCAAGUGGAGCCGGCAAGUCAGUUUGUAUUAACAUCCUCAUGAAGGCCAUGGGUGACUGCGGUGCUCCACAUCGGGAGAUGCGCAUGAAUCCGAAGGCUAUCACUGCGCCGCAGAUGUUUGGCAGGUUGGAUGUAGCGACUAAUGACUGGACAGAUGGCAUAUUCUCUACUUUGUGGCGAAAAACGCUAAAGGCAAAGAAAGGGGAACACAUUUGGAUCGUACUAGAUGGUCCUGUGGAUGCCAUUUGGAUCGAGAACCUGAACAGCGUUCUGGACGAUAACAAGACACUUACACUAGCCAACGGGGACCGAAUCCCUAUGUCACCUCAAUGUAAAGUUGUGUUUGAGCCACACAACAUAGAUAAUGCUUCACCUGCCACUGUAUCGCGUAAUGGAAUGGUGUACAUGAGCUCCUCGGUUAUGGACUGGAGACCAAUAGUCAAGGCUUGGCUGAACAAGAGAGAAGUGCAGGAACAUGACGUGUUGGAACCGUUGUUUGAGUGCAUCUUUGAUGAGGUUUACACUUACGUCAAGCAGAAUCUUUCUCCAAAGAUGGAGGUGUUGGAAUGUAACGUCAUCAAACAGUGUAUCGACAUACUGGAGGGUCUUAUUCCAAGCAAAGAGGAACACGGUGUUCUUAAACCAAACCACUUAAGUCGACUUUUCGUUUUUGCUCUCAUGUGGGGAGUGGGUGCUCUGCUGGAGAUAGAAGACCGUGCCAAGAUGGAGGAGUUUCUUGUCAAACACGGAAAGCUUGCUCUGCCUGAUAUCGACGCAGGAAGCCAGGACACCAUCUUUGAGUUUGUGGUAGACAACUGUGGUAAUUGGGAACACUGGUUGAACCGAGUUCAAGAGUACAACUACCCACCUGAUUACAAACCCGAGUACUCCUCCAUCUUAGUACCGAAUGUUGACAAUGUCAGAACCAGCUUCCUUAUGGAAACUAUCGCCAAGCAGAGCAAGGCAGUACUGCUCAUUGGGGAACAGGGUACAGCAAAGACAGUGAUGAUCAAAGGUUACCUUGCCAAAUACAACCCUGAAGUGCACAUGAGUAAGAGCGUCAACUUCUCUUCUGCCACCACACCUUUACUCUUCCAGCGUACAAUCGAGAGCUACGUGGACAAACGCGUGGGUACCACGUACGGACCACCGGCGGGGCGCAAAAUGACCUGCUUUAUCGAUGACGUCAAUAUGCCUAUUAUAAAUGAAUGGGGUGAUCAGGUAACAAACGAGAUCGUGCGUCAAGUAAUGGAGCAACAAGGAUUUUAUAAUCUGGAGAAGCCUGGCGAAUUCACACACAUCGUGGACAUUCAAUUUAUUGCGGCCAUGAUCCACCCAGGAGGAGGAAGGAAUGAUAUUCCUGAGAGGCUCAAGCGUCAGUUUAGCAUCUUCAACUGUACCUUGCCUUCAAAUGCGUCUAUAGAUAAAAUAUUUGGUGUCAUUGGUACUGGGUAUUUUUGCUCAGCUCGAUUCUCAGAUGAAGUUUGCGAUAUCGUCGAUCAGCUCGUCGCCUGCACAAGGGUUCUUUGGCAGAAAACCAAAGCCAAGAUGCUACCUACACCCGCCAAGUUCCACUAUAUUUUCAACCUGCGUGACUUGUCACGUAUAUGGGAAGGCAUGCUAAACGUAGCUGGAGAAGAAGUCAACACUAGGAAGCUUGCUCUCGCGUUGUGGAAACACGAGUGUACUCGAGUGAUAGCCGAUCGCUUCACGAACGACGCCGACCGCAAGUGGUUUGAGAAGACGGUAACAAAAGUAAUUGAGGAACAUAUGGGCGAGGAAGGUGUGGAACAAUUGAUGGACGAACCUUACUUCGUUGAUUUUCUCAGGGAUGCACCAGAACCGACAGGAGAGGAAGCAGAAGAUGCCGAUUUGGAUGCACCCAAGAUUUACGAAAUGGUGCCGACGUUGGAUUUUUUGAAUGAGAAGCUAGGCCAGUACAUGGCGAUGUAUAACGAUACCGUUCGAGGAGCAAACCUAGAUCUGGUGUUUUUCAAAGAUGCAAUGACUCAUCUCGUAAAGAUCUCCCGUAUUAUCCGCACACCGUGUGGCAACGCCCUUCUUGUUGGAGUAGGAGGGUCUGGCAAACAAUCUCUUACAAGACUAGCCUCUUUUAUCGCUGGAUACAAAAUCUUCCAGAUUACACUUACAAGGUCAUACAAUGUCAGCAACUUGAUGGAGGACCUUAAAUACCUGUACCGUGUCGCAGGCUCUGAAGGAAAAGGCAUUACAUUUGUCUUCACUGAUAAUGAGAUCAAAGAUGAGAGUUUCCUGGAAUAUCUGAACAAUGUGCUUUCUUCCGGAGAGGUAUCUAACUUAUUUGCUCGUGACGAGCUGGACGAAAUAACUCAAGGUCUCAUCGGAGUCAUGAAGAAGGAGAUGCCGCGAGUUCCACCAACCAAUGAUAACUUGUACAGCUAUUUCAUCUCGCGCUCCAGAAAGAAUCUGCAUGUGGUUUUAUGUUUUUCACCCGUUGGAGAGAAAUUUCGAAACCGCUCUUUGAAGUUUCCCGGCUUGAUUAGUGGUUGUACCAUGGACUGGUUUACCCGCUGGCCAAAGGAUGCAUUGAUUGCAGUGGCAGACUACUUCUUGUCCAAGUUCGACAUCACGUGCACGGCGGCUAUUAAGAAUAGUGUGGUGCAGACCAUGGGAACCUUCCAUGAUGGAGUGGCUGAGGCCUGCGUCGAGUAUUUUGAAAGGUUCCGUCGUCAAACACACGUGACUCCCAAAUCGUACCUGUCAUUUGUGGACGGGUACAAAACCAUCUACGCCGAGAAGAGAUCACAGAUUGGCGAACUUGCGAACCGUAUGAACACUGGACUUGAUAAACUGGUUGAAGCCAGUGCCUCAGUGGCGGAGCUGGCAAAGGAGCUAGUUGUGAAAGAGAAGGAACUCGCCGUUGCCUCAGUCAAGGCUGACAAAGUACUGGCGGAGGUGACCGUUAGUGCUCAAGCCGCCGAGAAAGUUAAAGCCUCGGUACAGAAAGUGAAAGACAAAGCUCAAGCGAUCGUGGAUGAAAUUGAGGCUGAUAAAGCUGUUGCGGAAAAGAAGCUGUCAGCAGCCAAGCCAGCUCUGGAGGAAGCUGAGUCAGCCCUACAGACUAUCAAAGCUGCUGACAUAUCUACUGUUCGUAAACUGGCCAAACCACCUCAUUUGAUCAUGCGCAUCAUGGACUGUGUGUUACUUCUCUUCAGACGUACAGUAUCCCCAUUUAUCUAUGAUGCAGAGAGGCAGUGUCUUACACCCAGUUGGAGUGAAUCUCUUAAGCUUAUGAGUCAGGGAGGAUUCCUUCAAAAUUUAGUAAACUUUCCAAAAGACACAAUCAACGAGGAAGCUGUUGAAUUACUUCAACCCUACCUUUCGAUGGAAGACUACAACUUAGAAACUGCUAAAAAGGUUUGUGGCAAUGUGGCAGGAUUGUGUUCGUGGACAUGUGCGAUGGCUUUUUUCUAUGAAGUGAACAAAGAGGUUUUACCUCUGAAGGCUAAUCUCGUCGUACAGGAGGCAAGACUCAAAGUGGCUGCCGCUGAACUGAACAGUGCACAGGCUCAAUUGGAUGAUAAGCAGCGGGAACUGGACAAAGUGCAAGCAAUGUACGAUGCCGCUGUCAGGGAGAAACAGGAGUUGCUUGACGAUGCUGAAUCAUGUAAGAACAAAAUGCAAGCUGCUUCUGCGCUCAUUACAGGCUUGGGAGGUGAGAAGGUUCGGUGGACUCAACAGAGUAAAGAGUUUCAGGAUCAAAUUGGCAGGCUCGUUGGAGAUGUGUUGCUGGCCACAGGCUUCCUUUCAUACUUAGGACCGUUUAACCAAAACUUCCGUAACCUAUUGCUGAGCAGGUGGGAGAAGGAAAUGACGAAGAACAAGAUCCCCUUCUCAGAAAAUCUGAAUCUCAUCAAUAUGCUAACAGAUGCCGCUACGAUUGGUGAGUGGAAUCUUCACGGGUUACCUAGCGACGAGCUCUCUAUUCAGAAUGGUAUCAUUGUUACCAAGGCAACGAGAUAUCCUCUUCUUAUUGACCCGCAAACACAAGGCAAGGCUUGGAUCAUGAGUAGAGAGAAAGAAAAUGAAUUGCAGGUGACAUCUCUCAACCACAAGUACUUCCGAAAUCACCUAGAAGACUCUUUGUCUCUUGGGAGGCCCCUUCUCAUUGAGGACGUCGGAGAGGAGUUGGACCCUGCUUUGGAUAAUGUGCUGGAGAAGAACUUUAUCAAGUCUGGUUCUACGUAUAAGGUCAAAGUGGGGGAUAAAGAAUGUGAUGUCAUGAGCGGUUUCAGAAUGUACAUCACGACAAAACUGGGAAACCCGUCAUACACUCCUGAGGUCAGUGCACGAACAGCCAUUAUUGACUUCACGGUGACAAUGAAAGGCUUGGAAGAACAGCUUCUCGGCAGAGUUAUCAACACAGAAAAAGAGGAACUAGAAGCAGAGCGAGUGAAACUGAUGGAGGACGUUACGUCAAACAAAAGAAAAAUGAAGGAGCUUGAGGAUAACUUGUUGUUCAGACUGACAAGUACUCAGGGCUCGUUAGUUGAGGACGAAUCUCUGGUAGCUGUACUAAAGACCACCAAAGAGACAGCAGAGGAAGUGAGUGAGAAGCUUGCUGUGGCUGCUGAGACAGAAGUCAAGAUCAACUUAGCUCGUGAGGAGUUUCGUCCUGUAGCUACGCGCGGCUCCAUUCUAUACUUUUUGAUUGUUGAGAUGAGUAUGGUGAAUGUUAUGUACCAGACUUCGCUGAAACAGUUCUUGGGGAUCUUUGAUUUGUCCAUGGCAAGGUCCGAAAAGUCACCGAUCCCAGCUAAAAGAAUUCAGAACAUCAUCGAGUUUCUGACGUAUGAGGUGUUCAAGUAUUCAUGUCGUGGCCUAUUCGAGAACCACAAGUUUUUGUUCACCUUGCUUCUGGCCCUCAAGAUUGAUAUUCAAGGCGGAAAGGUUAAGGUGCUGGAAUUCCAGACUCUUAUAAAAGGUGGCGCGGCUCUUGAUCUUAAGGCUGUACAACCCAAACCCAGCAAAUGGAUCAUGGACAUGACAUGGUUGAACUUAGUUGAGCUCAGCAAGUUACCUCAGUUUUCAGGCGUGUUAGACCAGGUUCGUCGUAACGAUUCCGGCUGGAAGCAGUGGUUCGAUAAAGACGCACCUGAAGAGAGCACCAUUCCUGAUGGAUACGAUAGUUCCCUGGAUACCUUCAGGAAACUGUUACUAGUCAGGUCAUGGUGUCCAGAUCGAACGCUGCACCAGGCCCGCAAGUACAUAGCUGACACCAUGGGUGAAAGGUACGCUGAAGGCGUCAUUCUCAACUUGGAAGCCACAUGGGAAGAGAGUGAUCCCCAAACGCCACUCAUCUGCUUCCUCUCCAUGGGCUCAGACCCUACAGGUGCCAUUGAGAACCUGGCGAAACGCAAGGGAAUCGAGUGUCGUGCAGUCUCCAUGGGCCAAGGGCAAGAAGUUCACGCCCGAAGACUUCUUCAGCAGUCUAUGGCUGGGGGAGGCUGGGUCCUCUUACAGAACUGUCACCUUGGAUUGAACUUCAUGGAUGAGCUUCUGGAGACUGUGACUACUUCAGAGUCUUCCCACGAGGGCUUUAGAGUCUGGAUCACAACAGAGGCACACAACCAGUUUCCCAUCAGUCUUCUGCAGUCUUCAAUCAAAUUUACAAAUGAGCCGCCACAAGGUGUGAAACCAGGACUGAAGAGAACUUACGCUGGCAUUACUCAAGAUCAGUUGGAUGUCACUAACAUGCCUCAGUGGAAGCCAACUCUGUAUGCUGUUGCUUUCUUGCAUACUGUCGUUCAGGAAAGGCGUAAGUUUGGUCCUUUGGGCUGGAAUAUCCCUUACGAGUUCAAUCAGGCCGAUUUUGCCGCGAGUGUGCAGUUUGUCCAAAACCACUUGGAUGAUAUCGAUCCCAAAAAGGGCGUGUCUUGGAAUACAGUGAGGUACAUGCUGGGAGAAGUGCAGUACGGAGGAAGGGUCACGGAUGAUUAUGACAAGCGCCUGUUGAACACAUUUGCUAAGGUGUGGUUCGGAGAGCACAUGUUCACUGAAGACUUCUGUUUCUACACUGGUUACAAGAUCCCUAAGUGUCGUAGUUUGGAGAAUUUCUUCGAGGCUAUUCAAGCUCUCCCAUCUGUGGACACGCCUCAAGUGUUUGGCUUGCACCCAAAUGCAGAUAUCACAUACCAGAGCAAUACAGCUAAAGAGGUUCUGGACACCAUCAUGAGCAUCCAACCUAAAGACUCAGGGGGAGGAUCUGGGGAGACUCGUGAGAGUGUAGUCACCAGACAAGCAGAUGACAUGCUGGAUAAACUUCCGAAUGAUUACGUACCACACGAGGUGAGAGCGCGACUGCAGAAAAUGGGAGCUCUUGCUUCCAUGAACAUCUUUUUGAGACAAGAGAUCGACCGUAUGCAGCGAGUUAUCACUUUGGUACGGCAGACCCUGACUGACUUAAAGCUGGCUAUAGAAGGAACAAUUAUAAUGAGCGAGAAUCUACGAGACGCACUGGACAACAUGUACGAUGCUAGAAUUCCUGCGCUGUGGAGAAAGAUCUCGUGGGAGUCAUCGACCCUGGGUUUCUGGUUCACAGAGUUUCUGGAGAGGAACAACCAAUUCUCUACAUGGAUUUUCAAUGGCCGACCCAGUGUUUUCUGGAUGACUGGUUUCUUCAAUCCUCAGGGCUUUCUCACAGCAAUGAGACAGGAGGUCACGCGUGCGCACAAGGGUUGGGCCUUGGACUCUGUAGUAUUGCACAAUGAUGUCAUCAGGGCAAUGAAGGAAGACAUAAAUUCCCCUCCAUCGGAAGGUGUGUACAUAUAUGGCUUGUACCUGGAUGGUGCCGGCUGGGACCGCCGUGGCUGUAAACUAAUUGAACCUCAGCCCAAAGUUCUCUUCACCCUUCUCCCUGUGGUACACGUGUAUGCUGUGAACUCCACAGCACCCAAGGACUCCCGUCUGUACCAGUGCCCCGUAUACAAGAAACCGCAGAGGACUGAUUUGACUUACAUCACCCCGCUGUGGCUCAAGACUGUGCUGAGUCCCGAUCAUUGGAUUCUUAGAGGGGUCGCUCUUUUGUGCGACAUUAAGUGA